GCUGAUUGCGUGAGGUAGUGGACAGGAAGUGAGAAAAAUAGACAUUUUCUACCUCUCCCACUCUACUCUAGGCUGAGAACGCAGACGUAUUUCCGUUUGUCGCUUCUCUCCACUCCCUCCCUCCGCCACCCCCAGGGGGGUGUAACACCAGAUUCUCCGAAUUGAUUCUCCGAAUCUUCACCCUAUUUCAGACCAAAAACUGGCAUUUCCCACACCCGUUUUCUUACCUUGCCUCAAAAAUCCAUACCCAUUUUCAGACCUGGUCUCUAAGAAAUGUUGUUACCAUCACUUAGAUUUGAACGCCCAGAUUUCUUAAAAUCCGUUUCGAAUUUUUAUUUUAUUCUUUUUAAUUCUUAACCGUUGAAAUUUGAACAAUGAAUACGUUCAUACUACACUCCCGUAGUUCUCUCGAAAACUAUGACAACUAACACCCGAUGGCAAAGCAGAAUCUGCAAAGUCUAUUCCCGUUUUCUGUCUGAAAGGGCGCAAAUACCACCCCCGCGCUCCACCCUAAAAGAGGGUGAGCGACGACCGGAAAUACAUCUGCGUUGGUAGGCUAACUCUUCCCCUACCACAACCCCUUUACGCUUCUUAAUCUUGCUUGCUGUCGGAUUGUUGCGUUCCUUACGGUGUUUCACGUUGAUGAGAAUUAGACAGUUUAAUACAGUGACGUUGAACAUCAAUUUAGUUUGAACUUUAUUGUGUUUUUGUUUUCAGAUUUGUGUUAGUGUAGAUGGACAUGCUGGAAUGUGUUAUGAACACUCUGCUGCUGAGGGACCACCCGUAGCUGCUUUAUGUAAUCACAUCCUUGAUAACCUGUAAGUUUAAACUUGUCGUGUGAUACUUGACUCCCCUCCGCACCCCCCUCCGCCUCCCUCUUCUCCUCCCCUCCUUCCCUCUUCUUCUUGCCCGCCCACCUCCUGCUCAACCUCCUCCUCCUCGUCCUCGUCCUCCUCCUUCUCCUCUUCCUCGUCCUCGUCCUCCUCCUUCUCCUCGUCCCCGUCCCUAUCCUUCUUCACCUCCUCCUCCUCCUCCUCCCGCUCCCCUUUUUUCCCCUUCUCCUCCUUUUACUCAUCAUCCUCUUUAUCUUCCUCUUCCUUUUCCACCUCCUCUUCUUCUCCCUCCCUCCCCCCUCCUCUUCUUCCUCCUCCAUCUUUUCAAUGUUGUCUAGUUUUUCUGUAGCUACUUCCGCCUCUUCUUGUAUGGGAAAAUUCUCAUCUCUUUCAUGCAUAAAGGGAAGGAAUCAAAGUAAAUGGGUCGCCCGGUUGUCUUAUUAUCUUUUAAUUGGUUGGUGUUUCUGUAGUCUGGGCUGUUAAUCUUUUUAGUAUUGUCACAGUUGUUGUCACAGUAACCAUGCAGUGCCUGACUCGUCCCCAGUCGUCUUCGCGCGUUUGUAAGAGACGACUUGGGACGAAUCAGAUGCAGUGGUUAAAUAUUAACGGUGGCCACAUUGAAACGUAGCUUAAACAAACAACUCUCGCUUUUGUGACUUAUUUUUUCUCUAGUAUGUGUUUUUCUUUUCCGUUUGUCACGGCAGUGGUCUGGGUAAAAAGUUAUGGAGUCUGUGGGUAUAUAUUCUCGCCCUCAUGGCCUCUGAGUCAAUAGAGAGUUUUAGAUCCGAGUUUACCGCGAACCUCUAACCGUGGUUUGCGGUUACCCGUUUGCGGUUCGACGUUCAAACAUUAUUCGAUUUGGUUUGGUGGUGGAUGAAAGAAGCCAUUCUAGGUUUAUUUUUCCAUUUAGAAAUAGAAGAAAUAUCAAUCAGUGAAAAUAAAAGAAAUUUAGGGUAACACUGGGUUAUCUAGCAGCAAAGAGCUGUAAAUUCUUAUAGCAUUAGUUCUUCUUGCAAAUUUACGGCCGCCAUUUUGAAUCAGCAGCCUUGAAUGGCACUUGUUUUCAAGAUCCAAUAGGAUUUAUCAAAUUUAGCCAUUUCGCCCGAAUUUGUGCCUCUGUUAAUGGAUAAAGACUUGCUCCACAAGAUUUUUGUAUCGUUACGUGGUAUAAAACAAGAAUUAUACGCUUAAAACUUUCAGAUAAAUGACAUACGUGAAAACCUACCUCCUCACGUUGAAAACGCACGUCGUAAACCUCAAACGUGACGCGAAAGACUUGUCACGUGACCUCCAGCGGUUAGAGGUUCGCGGUAAACUCGGAUCUAAAAAUCUCUAAUAGCCCAUUCGGCCUCGAGGAAUAAUUGUUAAAUAGCUGUAGUUUUCGUAAUCGGUCAUAAAAAGCGAAUUCAAACAAAAGUUACUUGUUCUCCUUCCCAAUUUUUUUUGACUGUCCGUUCUCUGGUGUCGUGUUUGUAGUAAUUUCUUCACUUUUUUUGUUUUAGGGAAAACCAUCUACACAUAGAACCCUCAGACGCAAGGCAUUUGGAAACUCCAUCCAAGCUGAAGUGGAACUUAUCUAGUAAAGUAAAGGAGGCCAUUAAACAGUCAGCUUGUGAUCUUGACACGUAAGUGACUAACUGACUUUCUGUUACCCAAACACGACCAUAUUACUGCUGAGAUGUUUGAAAGCAAGAGUCAUGUGAUUGUUCUUACACCACACGGGGAUAUUUUUGCAGCUCAUCGUCUUAUGUGCCUCAAACUCCCAAACACACACACAAAAAUCUCGAAACAUGGCAGCGUGGACGAGUGUUUAGAGCAUGGGACUUACAAUCCCGCGGAUCCGACUUCAAGUUCCGCCCUCACAGCUUCUGAAGUUAUUUCUCGGUAGUCUUGAGUUCGAAUACCCCACCACGCUCGUAAAUUGCUAACGACUUCCCUCUUGUUCGCUGAGAUACUUUUUAUGUUUUGUUUGAAAAUAAUAUUUGUUUCAGUCCAGCUCUACCUGCCUUUGCGCUAUAGAUACUACCGUAUGGAUAUGAAGGAAGUUUUAUUGAACGAUCGUCACGGUACAUCAAUGUUGCUGACCCUAGCAGUAUACAGAAUUCAAACCAGCGUGUAUUUAACGUAGUUCUUGUGGUACCCUGUGUAACUUCGCACGCAUUCUGUACCUAUAACACGUGAUGUUUACCAUGAAAAAACAGUAAUGUUUUUGUUUGACAUUUCUCUCAGAAUGAUCCAGGACAUUGACUUACGGUGUUUUAUUUAUGAUGGCUAUGGUAAAUCAUUCGUGAAGAAGCAGAAGAUGAGUCCAGACGCCUGGAUACAAAUGGCAUUUCAGUUAACAUUUUACAGGUAUUGUGUUUAUAAGUAAUGAACACCUUUAACAUAAUGCUUCAGGGGGCCCGUUUCUCGAAAGUCCCGGUAACUUUUCGGGCACGAAAUCAAAUAUUCAAAUCGAAAUAUAAAAAAGAGCGCGGGUCCUGGCUAGCAAACUACUCCAUUUUGUUUCAUUAACUGAUAGUUUUAUCAUGAUAGAUGCAAAACUAUUGAAACCUCGACCCUUAAUGUAAAUGGGGACAGCUUACCGGGCCCGUUAAUUAUCGGGACUUUCGAGAAACGGCCCCCUGCAGGCCUUCAGUUAGACAUAGCAAGCAAAAACAAACAAACAAACCAACAAACACCUUUUUAAUAGUGAAGGAACAUUUUUGGUGAAAAAUGCUAUCACGAAAGUUCGUUUAAAUUUCCCCCGUUUGAUAUAUGAAAUUUCUAACACGACUCUUAGGCUUUAGGGACAAAAUUGCAAAUUUUUCACGACUCCAUUGUCUCGCAAUUCCCAGAAGAGACUUGAGCACAAAGAAAACCAAACCAAAUAUAGAAUGAAUAUGAGCAGAAAGCCUCUUUCUCCAGACUCUAAAGUAAUUAUCUACAUAAACGACUCAUGGGUCCUCCUCUCUUCCUCCGCAUUUUUUCCCGUUCUCUGACUUCGCGCUGCCCUCCACUAUCUGAACGCUUGCAACAAGCUAUUGUUGUGGGUGUGUGACUUGCCAUGUGGAAGUAAACAACCCAAAACAUAGUAAUUUUCUGACCAAUCGCAUCUUGGAUGAGUUACCUGCAACCGACGCUAAGUGCGGUGAAACUGCGCGCGCAAAUAACUCGCCAAUUAUUUUCGGCCAGCUCCUCAUUGGCUAAGAAGGGGCACUAGAUUGUUUGGGCAAUCACAUCUUGAAGGAGUUGUAUGUAACUGAGGCGCGCAAAUAUCUAACGAAUUAUUUUAGGCCUUCUCCUAAUUGGUUGAGAAGGUUGCCUGAGAAAUUUUUGGUCAGCCACGCAGAAAUGCAGAACUAAAUGACGAACUCCAAAAUUUAUUUGGACGCUGUUGAUUCAACCGUUCACAUAAAAAACUUUUUACUGGAGCAGGUUCACGUCUCAUAUGACAAAGAUUUACUUAAUUUGAAUAUCGCAUUUGCUGUGUUUUCAUUUUGUUUGUUUGUUUGUUUUUUCCAUUUGUCUGCAGACUUCAUAAUCACAAUCCUCCAACUUACGAGACCGGCUCAACUCGCAAGUUUCUCCUGGGAAGAACUGACACCAUCCGCUCUGCCUCCAUCGCUUCGUCUGAGUUUGUUAAAGCCAUGGUGUCACCCAAUAAAACUGUAAGUUAUUUAUUUGCAACUUUAGACAUUUAGUGAGAGAAUCUCUGUUGUAGGCAGUUCCCUUGAUCACCUACAGAAGCCACGCUCAUACUGUAUCAGCAGAAUUCCUUCAGUGCUCUGUAAUGCAAGACUAGAACAACUUUAGUCCCUAUUACCCCUUUUCAUUCCUAAAACCGGCCAAAGUCGAAAUCUGACAAAAUUUCCAAAUUUCAUUCUGUAAAAUGCUGACAAAUCGCAAAAUAUAGAACCACAUCAAAGUACUGGCCAAGAGGUUCCAUUCAAACGAUUUACACACCCUAGACUGGCAUUGUUUUCUUCAUUAUUAUUUGCAGAAUGCGGAAAAGCUUGAUCUAAUGAAGAAGGCGAUUGGAGCACAUAGUAACUACACUAAAGAGGUACGUAGUGGCAGAGGAUUGUUAGCACGCGAUCACUCAAAAUGAACUUGAAGUAGCUUUCAGUCAAGGCCAGUGCAAGGAGAUGCAUGUCUCUCGCCUGAGUCUUGGCUGUAACCUACAUCCAGUUUAUCAUUGAGCACUAGGAAAAUAGUCAAUUACUUGCAAGCGUUUUCCCUAGCAUUUUUCAUCAUUUAAGAAGUUGAAUCGAACACUCAGUGAGUGAUUCGUAUGUUGUCCCCACAGCUCGAAGACGGUCUGAAAAUCUCAGAUGUUUUUCAUCUGCUUCCAUGGUUUGUGUAUCACUUGAGAGUAAUAGGGGAGUUUUUAGACCUGUAAAUUGUGCAAAGCGCCUCAUACUAAGGGCUAUUAACCAAUCUAUAGUGUUAUAAUACAAUGGCAUUAGUGGAAAGUAUAAACAUUUUAGUGCGGAAAAAGCCUAAUCAUGCACAAAGACAUCACGGCAAAUUAUUUUGCAAGCAAACAGUUUUUCCCCACAGUUAGCGCCUAUGCGGAGCUCGAUACGAUGCGUUUACGUAGGUCUCUAAAGCUUUUAAAUUUCGUAUUUUUGCAAGCCCCAAAGACCCUGGUGACGACAAUUAAGCCCCAGAUCAUGAGCUGCCUGUCGCUUAUACUCUUGCAGGCAGUGAAUGGCCAGGCUAUCGACAGACACUUGUUGGGAUUGAAAUUAGCUGCCUUGGAAUCUCGUAUGAAUCUUCAUGAGCUGUUUAUGGACAGUUCCUAUCAAUACGCGUUACAUUACAAAGUAUCAACGAGCCAGGUAAUCACUAAGGCUAUGUUCACUCAAGUUCUUCUUCAUAGUUUGUCACACAUACUAACGUACGUGUUUGUACGUUUACGAAAUUAUCCUACCCUGACACCGUUACACAAAUAUUCAUUCACGAGGUCGUUUUCCUCGCUCAGUUGUGAACGGAAGCAGUUAAAAAAUAAUGGGCGGUCAAAACUUGUUUGUCCAACCUCGACUGGGGCUGGUAGGGCUCUACAACCCUCCCCCAAUCGGAUGAGCCUAAAGGACACAUACGUUUGCAUGAAAAUUGAGAUAAGACUGCGAUAUUUUGUGUGCAAGUCGUCGGGGUAGCUGCACAAGGGUAUUUCAAUCUUACACUUUUUUUCUGCUGGUAUUAUAGAGGGCUAUGCAAAAGAGAAACUACCUUUUUAUUGUGGGAAAGUGGGCGUUCAAAACUUUCUUUCUUUGCCUCGUGUGUUCCCCUGAUUUCCAUUAAUAGGGCUAGCGCUCAUUGGGUUAUUUCUAGUACAGAUUACACUUCCGAGAUCUGUUCCGUCUUUGGCGCCAUUGUACCACGCUCCAGUUGUUCGUUUCGUUUCGCCGUGGCAAAUUUCCCUUUCGUAAACGGUCGCAGCCAUUUUAAAGACGCGUAGAAAAUUUUUGACCUGUUAUAGAGGGUGUUUCUAUUUAUGACCCAUGAAAAGUAAGAAGAUCGCAACCCUGGGUCGAACACGGACAUUUCUUAUCCUAAUCUCUCUCCCAUACUGACCACACCGACCCGCCAAAUUUCCGAAAAAUUUAAGUACAUAAACUAGCGAGCUGUCUUUCUUAACUGAUACGUUAAUGACAGGGUACCCUUUCCAUAACUUUUAACAUAAAUUCAACUUGGCCUUCAAAGUCGUUCUUUCUAAGACUAUUCAAAAACGUAUUACUUCCCUUAUUAUAGCUUAAUAAUCCAGGGAAUAUCUUAUAUCUAUCAAAACUAAAGGCUUGGAUACCAAUGGCGGCAUCGACCGCUAAGAAAUGGCAACGACCAUUUAAGAAAGGGAAAUAAGCCCUCCAUGAGGUCAAAAAGAGGCGAACAGGGCGAUUAAAGUUUACGCACGGCCAUUUACUGCAAUGUUGGUUUGAGUGAGCUAGAAUACCUAUGGUAUCAAAUGUUUGAAAAGUUCUGCAACUGAAGAGCUUUUAAGAAGUUAUCGUUCAUCUUUAUUGUUGUAGGUUCCGUCAAACCACGAGCUGUUUUUAUCGUUUGGUCCUGCGGUACCUGAUGGAUAUGGAGUCUGUUAUAACCCACAAAACGACAAAAUCAUUCUCGGCGUAUCUACAGUUAACAGCAACCCUGAGACUAAUCCGGGUCACUUCGCUGCGUAUCUACAGAGAAGCCUGGAUGAAAUGAGGCUCUUGGUUACAACCGCUAAGCUCUAGUGGCUGCUAAUACGUCUGUGGCACCGAUGGCAUUUCCAUGAUAGAGUCGUUUCUAGUAUCCACACGGCUAUUUCACAGCAUAGUGCUGUACAUGUUUUAAAAAUAUGGCUGAACGUUC